AUGGCUGAAGUCCACGCUUUGGACGAUUACUACUUGGCCAUUACUCUCUUGAUCACCAUAGCAUACCAGCUGUUCUUCUUCUCCAUCGCCUUCUCUCUCAAAUUCGACAAGCUCACAGACUUCGCUGGCGGCACCAACUUCGUGGUACUCGCAAUCAUAACCCUUGCCUUCUCCGGCCACCAUAAUGCGCGCCAAAUCGUGGACUCACUCUUCAUCAUGAUCUGGGGAGCGCGCCUCUCUGGAUUCCUCCUUUUCCGCAUUAUUAAGACUGGCAAAGAUGACCGCUUUGACGAUAAGCGGGACAAAUUCUUUCCAUUCUUGGGCUUUUGGGUGUUCCAAAUGUUCUGGGUCUGGACGGUCUCGCUACCGGUAACCAUCCUGAAUUCGCCCAAUGUGACAAAAUAUCGUCAGCCCGAUUUUGGCACUGGAAGAGAUAUUGCCGGAGUGAUACUAUUCACCAUCGGCUUCCUUAUGGAAAGCGUUUCGGACAUACAGAAAUACCGGUUCAGGAGCAGGCCAGAGAACAAAGGGAAGGUCUGCGAUGUCGGACUCUUCGUUUGGACAAGACAUCCGAACUACUUCGGAGAGAUCAUCAUCCAGUUCUCUAUCUUCAUGAUUGCCGUAUCGCCUGCAGCAUACGGAUACGUCCAUGGCGGGGCGUACAGUGCUCUCUACGCUUCGAUCCUAGGAGCCUUCUUCUUGACCAUUCUCCUCAUGUUCGUCUCUGGUUUACCACUGCAAGAGCGCCCAGGAGCGAAGAAGCGUUACGAAAGUGGCAAUCACUGGGAGUCGUUCUCUGAGUAUACAAAACGCACAAGUAUUCUGAUACCCUUUCCUCCCCAGCUGUAUGUCAGGAUGCCCAUAAUUUUAAAGAGGACCAUUUUCUUGGAGUUGCCUUUGUAUGUUUUUGAUCCUGCAAAGCACGCAGAUCAGGGGAAGGUACAAGAACGGCAGGCUGAGGAGGGAGCUGCAGAUUCCAGCAAUGAGCAGACGCAGGACGGCCAUGCGCAUGAGUAG